AUGCCGAAGGAGAGCGGGGACAAUUCGGUGCCGGGAAUUCAAACAGGGGUUGCAUGGUACUACUUGGAUUCGAAUAAGAAGGGAGCGCUGUUGCCAUCCAGCAAAACGCUCGACGAUACCGACCAGGCUAUUGCAUACACUCUGAACCAAUACUACAGCAAAAAAUCGGACCCGACCAUAUUCCAUGUCAUGUACAAUGAUGAGGUAUCAAAUGUCUUCGAUAAACUGACGCAUCAAGUGUUGACUUCCGAGCGAUUUUAUCCUUUUGUGAUUCACAGCGUUCCGAAGUUCCCACCACCGGAUCACUACCAGUACCCAACCAGCGGACACGACUACGGUCAGACAAUGUGGUGCCUCUCCCUCCCGUAUUCUCAACUAGAAAAAAUAGCCACUCAACUUUACUACAACAAGCCUGACAUUUAUUCUUCACAAUUGCCGGUAAAAAUGGCGGCUGACUAUCCACUGUUAUCAAAGGUGAUUGCCGGACAAUACAAGCAGGGUGAACCAUAUUCCAGUACCCUCACCCUGACCACUAAAGGCGGAACGAAUUUCAUCUCAUUUGCGAAGACCAACGAGUUCAACAAUGAUCUCUAUGACGGUAUUGUUGCCCCAUAUUUGAAAGCCGACCUCAUCGCUGAGACUUGGCGCCGAGGUUCCGAGGUUCGCUAG